AUGUGUGCGCCCCUGUACCUCCGCUUCAGCGGGAUCUUUGCGUUGCUCUGCAGCCUCUGGGGCGCCGGCGGCCAGCACUGCGCGUGGCUGGGCCGCGGUCUGGUGCUGGCAGUGCUCCUGCGUCGCCUCUUCCGCGCCUGGGGUGGGUGGCCGAGUCGUGCGCUGCGGGGGCCCAGCGGAGCGCUGGCGCCCACGGUGGACGGGCUCCACCGGCGCUUCGCGGAGCUCUACUUAGAUGGCAAAGCGGAAGAAGGGGAGGCAGCUGUGCUGGGUGCACAGCAACGUGUGGAGCUGAACGGCCAACGUGUGGCCUUUUGGGAUGUGGGCGAUGGCGAAGGGGCCGUCCUGGUGUGCAACGGCCUGGGCGCCCGCGUCAUGACCUGGGCGCCGCUGCUCUCGGCGCUGGGCGCCAGCUGGGCCAAGCGGAGGCUGGUCAUCUUCGACUACCCAGGGCAAUUUGACAGCCAGCCUUUGGUGGGCGACAUUAGCGUGGAGCGCAGCGCGGCAGAUGCCUACCGCCUGGCGCAGCACUUGAAGCUGCAGCGGGUGAUGCUGCUGUGUUGGUCCACCGGGGUGCAGGUGGGGCUGCAGCUGGCCUUAGACCACCCGGAACUGGUGGAGGCCAUGGUGUUGAUUCAAGGCACCACCGGUGAGGCGAUGUCGGCCUUGCUGCAGCCCCUGUGCCCGAUGCCAGGCGUGCCCUCGUUGCUUCGCCUGGGCCUGCGUGUGGCGCCUGCGGCAAUGCGGCGCCCCCGGCCGCUCAUGGAGGCGGCACUGCGGAGGUACCGGGGCUUCUUCGAGGCCUUAGGCAGCUGCGUGCUGUGGUUCUUCGGCAGCGACCUCAUCCCGGCCGUUGGGGUGCGCUACGUGGCGGACCGCACGCGUUGA